AUGGCCAACGACACUCACACCGAUGACUUAGACGAGCUUCUCGACAGCGCCUUGGAUGAUUUCAAGGAUCUCAAUCUUACUCCAAGAAAAGGAGAGGUGAAGAAAGAAGAUGGUGAUAAGAAAGAGACAGAGUCAUUGCCGAGUGGGAUUCAAGGCCUUGGAAUGGGUUUACCAGAUAUGAGGAUCAAGAAGAAAGGAAAGCAAAAGGUUGCUAAAGAGGACCAUGUUGCUGAGGCUCUUGAUAAACUCAGGGAACAAACCAGAGAAACCGUCAAAGGGCUUGAGUCCUUAUCCUCACCUAAGCUGCAGCCACCUGGCUCUGGUUCUGAUGAUGCUAUGGUCGAAGAUUGGAUCAAACAGUUCGAGGAUCUUGCUGGAUCCAAGGACUUGGAAUCAAUAGUGGACACGAUGAUGCAACAGCUAUUAUCGAAGGACAUACUUCACGAGCCAAUGAAAGAGAUCGGCGAAAGGUACCCGAAAUGGCUAGAAGAGCAUGAAAGCAGUCUAAACAAAGAGGACUACGAGCGUUACUCUCGCCAGUAUGAGCUAAUCAAAGAGCUAAACUUGGUGUACGAGAACGAACCGAACAGUUCGACAAAGAUCAUGGAGAUUAUGCAGAAGAUGCAAGAGUGUGGACAACCGCCGAGUGAUAUAGUGCAAGAGAUGGAUCCUGGCUUUGAUUUCGCAAGUCUAGGCCAAAUGUCUCCGGAUAUGCUCGAGUCUUCACAGAAUUGUUGUGUAAUGUAA